CCGUGUCCGUGCGUGUGUGUUGUGUCCACCGUGUGUGUGUGUGCGCGCGGAGCAGCGUCUGGCGUGCGCGGAGUCGACUGCGAGACGCGGCACGUAGGACGAGUCGCCAGCAGCUCGUUAUCUCCGUCUCGCGGGCGAGCAAGGACUUCGCCAGCCGCGCGUUGUGGCCCCUGUCCGGAGCAGGAAGGGGACCCUGCCGCUAUCACCGUAUACCGGUGCGACGUCAGUGUGUCGCCUUUAUCGCCACAAGUGCUGGCGCCCCGGCCACGCUUCAGUGAACGCGACAGCUCCGUGGCAGGCUGGUAUUGUGCGCGACCGACGUGCAAAGUGCAUCACAGCUGGAAGUGAACAGUGAAAGACAAGUGCUAACAAGUGAAGUUACAGUGGUUGUCGAACAAAAAAAAAAAAAAGAAAGACAGUGUAGUGUCGACUGUGUUGGAAUUUCCCGAGCUCGCCGGCGAGCAAUCCAGUGCGAUAAAAAAAAAUUACACUGACCGGUGUGUUGUAUAGUCUCGUAUCACCUGUGACGACAGAUGCUGGGCGAGGCAAGUGCGUGACAAAUAACGGUUCCGUCUGCCGUCGCUUCUGGGAACUUUGUACCCACACACGUACUGCCUAGGAUAUACAUACGUACACAGUCAUCGCUCUAGUCCCAGCGAGCCACGACUCCACGAAAAAGGUGUCGCGGGCACGGCGAGAGCGAGUGGUGUCCAGCCCCUACGCUUCCAGCACCAGCCGCCCCCAGCCUCCGCCCCCAGGGCCGCCCCCAGCAGCGGCCGCAGCAGCUGCCACGGCUGCGCAGCCAACAUGAAAGUGAACCAGACUCCUGACGACCAGCUGCCGCUCAUGUUCGGCAGCAGUGGGACGCGCUUCGGGUCCAAGUCGCGGCCGACCAUGAUCUCUGCCAAGUACCGGCUCAAGGAGGAGCGCCGUAAGGUGCUCAAGAUCUCGAUCGGCAAGCUCAAGAAGAUAGAGGACCCCGAGAGCUCGCUGAGGCGUUCUGUGCUCAUCAACAACACAGUCAAGCGGUUACAGAAGGAGGCGCGCGAGGAGAAGAUGAUGAAGCAGCAGGUGCUGUACAACACUACCAGUAGCUGUUUCCUGGACGAUCCAGAUCCAGUAACACCUCCAGUGCCGACAGCAACUACGACGACAACUCCCACGCUGACGGAAGCUUCUGUCGUGUCGCCUCUGACGACCAGUGUCGUGGACCCACUGGUAACCCCAGCUUCCCCCGCAGUCGUCGGCAGUGUGACUACCGUACCGUCCCCGAGCGGUGUCGACCCGUCUUCGGCCUCGGUCACUUCCGUCGGCAGCGUAUCCGGUACCUCGGCAACGGCCCCGACUGACGGCCGGAAGAGGCCACUCCUGGAGGACGACUGCUGUGACGUACUCAGCCAGUUCUACAUGCCACCCACACCGCGCAUGCUCACCUCUAUCGACGACGAGGACGAAGACGACGUCGUGGUCGACGUGGUGGACGUCGAACCGCCGUCGGUGGACCCUGCGGCUACGGCUACCGGGACGUCGGCCGCACCUACCGGUGACCCCACUUCGGGCGCCACCACAUCUCCGGUCGACUCCCGGGAGCUGUGCGGCCCCGCACCGGCGAAGAGGCCCAAGUUCGAGGUGGCUAUCGAGGUGCCGGACCCGGCCACUGCCGAACUGGAAAGGCGACUCUUUUCGUGCGGGGGUGACGACUUGCGGAACAGCACGUGCUGCUGGUCUGCGACCACCGGCGUCCCCAGGGUACCCGCACCGCACGCCGACGACCUGCGGCUCAGGUUUGCCGACAGCUCUAGGUCCGCGUCCUCUGGCAACUGCACCGAGUCCUCGACAGCGGAACAGCAGCAACAGCAGCAGCAGCAGCAACCGCAGCAGUACUCUUGUGGGCACGCAUCCAUUUUCGGAGAGAUCCAGUCGGUCGUCUUCCACAGCUUGAUUGCCUCACUCGAGUCAUAACGGCGAAACUCUGGUGACGUGGAAUUCGGUGGCAGCCCGAGUGACUGUCAUAGAGAACUGUUUUGACGGUUGCUGUGUUGCAUUGGGCUCCUUUGAAACUGCACCUACUCCACAGAAAAGAAAAUUCGAUGUGCCGUUUGCAAAGGCCACGUGCACGUAAGUGGAGCAGGGUCGUUUGCCGAGCUAGAAAGUGUGUUUCGAACAGACACGACUGCCGACAACUUUGGAAAGCCGAUACGUGUGAGACCGAACUCUCGUGUGCAGCACUGAGCUAGUGAUGCGGAGUUUGGUUAGUCUCCUUCCUGUAGUGAAUUUCCUACACUGUAACAUUAUUGUGGGGUGGAUUGAACGAGAGAGAAAAACACGUCCACAUAAAUAGCCUCGUGGUUAGGUAUUGACUUCCAAGUGGUUAACAUUUGGAUCUCGUCGAUACUGUGCUCCAAAAAAAAGAGAGAAAAACUAGCGGCCCUUGUCUGGAUCUUCUGUGAAAUCACCACUGUCACACGUUUCCCAAUUUUAUUUUAUCCUUUUGACAUAUUGGGAUUAGAUAAAAGAAUGCCGUGGUGGGCACAGAAUGUUAAAGGCAACUAAGUCAAUAGCAGUUUAGUUAAUGAAGGAAAGACUUCUUUAUAGAACAUUAAAAGAAAAUUGGUUUGGGGCGUUCUUGAGACAUUUUGUGGACGAAACAGGCUGUGUAAUGUACAUAAAUGAUAUAUAUAAAUAUAUAUAUAUAUAUUUUAAAUUGUUCCACAGUUCUAAGAACUAUGUCUAAACAGCCUGACUCUGUGCUGCUAGAAAGGCAGCAGACUUUUUCUUUUAGAAAUCAUCGUGUCAUAUGUCAGUGUUCAUAAAGAGCGAGGAAGAAAAUAUGUUUGAGGGGCCGAAUAUGGUUGGUGUGUGUGUGUGUGUGUGUGUGUGUGUGUGUGUGUGUGUGUGUGUGUGUGUGUGUGUGUCAGAGAGAGAGAGAGAGAUAGGGGGGGGGGAUAAAUGCAUUUCAUCUAAAAAAAAUGAGAUAUAUGGAUUUAAUAAAGGCUCAGUAUCUACAUAUUAACUUGCACUUGAUUUACUGUGCUCACUGUAGUUUCUUUCUACAAUAGAUUUUCCUGAUACUGUUUCAUCUGUUGGAAAAUCUUCUGAUAAAUGGUAGGAGCACAUUUAUCAUAGCUUUCCUUUUUCACACAGUCUGUCAAAUCAUAAAUUGUCUUUCUCUAUGGAGUUCCAAAAGCGCGCACUGUAGGCAAUGGGGAGCAAUUGGUCAUUACUUGCACAUCACUGUUUUACUUCCUCAAUGAACACAUGAAUAUUCUUUUUCUUUCUUUUUUUUUUUAAUCUCUAUUGAAUGAUGCAGGCACUACCAUGAUCGUGCACUUCAAUAUUAUGAUUAUUUUUGUUGGUAUCUACUGGCACUAGGAAAUCAAAAUUUCUGUGGCAUUGUGUGUAUUAUUAGGAUAACAAAAAAGCUCCUUUAGUGAAGUGGCUGUAUCUUUCAUGUAGAAUGAGAAUAUGCAGUUUGUCUGCAGGCCGUAGCUAAUAUUUCUCCUACGAAGUUAUCUGCUCAUAUAAAGACUGUAUGAAGAAAAAAAAAAAAACAACUAUUUAUUUUCAAAAACCGAGCUUUUCGUAGAUCGCUAUUUGUGCUAUGUAAAACUGUCGUUUAUUGAAAGUACUAGUUCUGAAACUAGCACUUAAUCCUUCUUAUCUGAAUGAGCUAUUUUUUACUACCAUUAUAGAUCAAUAUAUAUAUCAUAAACAUACUAACAUCUCGGUAUUAUUUUGGGUAUGCGAUACUCACAGCUGCCAGAGUGUUAACUAUUGUUGGUGAUGCUAAAUGUUGUAAUGUGUUCCACUGAGAAUUGUUAUUAGAUAUUUUGCCGUAUUUACUAGGAGUGUUGAUGGAAAUGUCCCACAUAACAUUCUAUUCGUACAUAUUUGGCAUUUAUAAAAUUGCAGUUGAUGCGUCAUUUGUAUUGAGUGCUAUUGACCUGAAGUCUGUGACUUCCAUAUUGUUUCCAUAAAAUUACAAAUUGUGUCACUGUAGCACGGUUCUGUUAAACAUAUUGUGUUGGUCAUAUUAUCAGUAGGUGUUCAAAAAUAUAAACGAGUGUAGAAAAUUUAUUUUGAGGAUUUUUUUGUUUUAUUUAAUUUUUGUGUAGAAAAUAAGAAACUUAAAUGUAUAUUCAGAAAACUGCUGAGUAGAAUGUACAGAAAGGCUUCUUAGACACCACAAACUAUAUAUCCCAAUCAAGGACCAGAUCAGUCCACUAAGUAAUAAUCAGUGUUCAUUUUGUGGGUUCACACAGAAGACCAAUAUGUCAGGGACCAUUGGAAUAUUUUUGAAAUAAUCAUCAUGAAAUUUAGAUAUAUCUAGUAUAUUUGGUAUCGGAUGCUUAAAAUGAUCUGCUACAUAACAGUUUCAGAGUUUCAUAAUUAUCACCAAAAAUAUGUAUUUGUGGAACACUUCCCUCAGCACUUCUCUCCAUUGAGAUCUCGACUUAGCUAUUUGACACAGUGUUUCUUGUGGGAUGCCAAAACAAAUAAUACUGACAUGUAAAAAACUGUGUAUGUAACAUUUUUGUCAAAGUGUGUCUGUGAUAUUCUAUAAGCAUCUUUAAUUCUAUUAUGUCAGUCUGGGUGAUGUCUUGUACUCGGCAGUCAAUGUAAGAGACAUGCCAGUCAUAACCACAGCACAGUUGCAGAUAAGUCUAAUUGUUACCAUUAUUGUUUUGAAAUAUCAGUGUAAAGAAAGGAAUACACUCAAUUAAUACUUCUACCACUGCUGUCAAAGCAGUAACGUAGUAUCCAUUCUCAAACUGCAGAAUUUUUGUGCUUUUCAACUCGACAAAGCUGUGAUAAAUACAAUUAUUUUUACCGCAGUUAUUUAAUUUAAAUAAUUUACAGUAUAUACGGUCUAGACACCAGGUUUUUUUGUUUAGAUGAAUAUUGUCUGAUCCCAUCACCCAGGUCUGUGUCGUUUUUUUGUACAGUGAAUGCAAGUGAAUUAUGAUGGAAAAACCUAUACUUUGAACAGCUUCAUACAUUUAAAACUGACACAUCAUUACUUUGCAACAUCAGCAGCAACAAUCUGUUGCAGCCACAUGUGACUUUGCAGAUAUUUUUAUUUAUUUUUGCAAAAGGCCGAUUUAAAUGGUUCUACUGCAAUACCGACACUAAAGCAUCAUCAUUAUGUGAACAUUUUCUUCUUAUUGCCUAUAUUUCUCUCUAAUAAGUGUCAAUUUCCAGUAUUUAAAGCUUUGUAAAAUUAGGCAUUGAAAUUAGCUGUGAAGCAGUAGCAAUUGCUGAGGGACAAAGAGGUCAAACCAGGAACAAGGCAAAACAUGGCAUCACCACGAAAUGAGUGCAUCGUCUAAGCAAAAUGCCUCAUUUCCUGUCGCAGCAGGUCACUUGUGCGUGUCUCUGCUCACAACCUUAUCUCGGCUUUAGACAUUUCGACAGUUCAUGAACAACUAAAAAUAUUCCAAGUGCCUUUUUUGAUAAAGAUAUACAUAUAUAAAUGUGAAGUAUGUACACUGGUGUGUACAUAUAUAUCUAUACAAAUAUAUACAUAUAUAAAGUGUUUUGGGGAACAAAACUUAAGACGAAUAAUUCAUUGGGUUGCAUCCUCUUUGUCUUUCACUGCACUAUCACUGAAAAUCAAAUGUGUACGCUUUUGUAGAAUUCGUAGAAACGCCGUGCAUUUUGUAAUAACAGUGUGAAAACGAAUAUCUAAACGUGUAAGAUUUGUGUAGAAAAUUUUCCCAUUGUUACAAUUCAGUGUUGUGUUAGAAAGGUUCAAUUUUUGUGGCAGCUAUAUUUUUUAGUUGAAAGCUUUUUCAGAUAGAUAUGACAGAUUUAUAUAAAUUUAUGUACCCACGAUGCCUACAUCAUAAUUUUUUUACUUCAUUGAUUUUAUAAACAAUGAGAAAAUUUACAGAUACAUCAGCCUAAAAUUAUUUUAACUGAUAUUCUGAACAACAAACAUUUACAAAGAACAACCAUCUACUCAAAUAUUCCUGGAAUUCUGUGUGACGGACUGAUUGAUAGCGGUGGAAGUUACCAUUUCAUUUACUUUUCAAACAAAACAGCACACACAACUUUAUUUAAAUAAAUUCCUUCAUAUUAUUUCCAUCACAACACCAAAAUAUGCACUUAAGUGAAAAUUUGUAUCAUUCAAUGUUUCCAAAAGAAAAAAAAUCUCAUCUGAGUUUCUUUAUCAUCAUAUGACAAUAGAUUCUUUCACACAUUCAUAAGGAUAUUGUCUUAUUUGUAGACCUUAACUGGUCAUGACUUGGCUUGAAUUUUGGUUUAAGAUUAUUCAGAAUGACUCCAUACCUGAUUGCAAAUGGCUUCAUUCUUGUAUAUUUUUUCCUGUUACUUCUUAAUUUCAUGUACUCAGUCUUAGUUGUGCCUGUACAUUUUUGCAAAUAUUGUAAAAAGCAUGAGCAAGUCUUAUGGGGAAAAAAAAACAAGGUUCAGUUUCUGUAUUAUUCAUUUAGGUGAACUGUUUUAUGUAUAGAGUGAUGUAUUUCGAUCUUAAGAUAGUUGUUUCAGUUAUUGUCAUACCUGAUAAUAGUCCUGUGAAACAAGGUUGGCAUUGUUUCGAUCACUUAUAACCCGUUUUCUUUCUGCCGGUUGUGAAAAUUAUGCAUAUUUGUUCAUAUGCUAUGACUUUUUAAGUUCUCACUUAAAACACUAAAUAUCUGUCUGAAAAAUGGGUAAAUAUAUGUUUUUGCAAAACGAGCUUAACAAAAAAAAAAAAUGGACAUUCUGAAGAAUACUCCAUCAAACAGGGCAUUCAAAACGAAACCAUCAAUAAAAUUAACAAA